AUGUUUGUAAACGGUGUUGAAGUUAUCAAUACGCGGUUAGAAUCAUUUACAUUGAAAGAUCGAGAAGGAAACGAAAUGCAUUCAAAUUCUGAAAAAUCACCAAUACCAAAGGCUAGACUGCCGCUCCUCCACCUAACACCUUCCGGCAGCACCGAGAAAAGAGAGGCAACUCCCCCACAAAGAAUAGACAACCCCUGGCUUCUCAGAGUACAGAAUAAUAUUCCCAACACGCCCCCACCACGUGAUGACAAGCCGAACAACUUCUUCCCCCACCGAAUUGGAUAG